AUGGGUUAUGGCGUCGAGGCGCAACCCGCAACAAUUUGCCCCAACGUGUGGACGUUCACGUUGUACACGACCGCGUAUCCGAACGGAACGACCGACAUUAGCGAAGCGGCUGCCUCUAAUCAGACAGUAAUAAUCGUACACGGCUGGGAGCAGUGCGCGACCCAAUCUUGGAUUCUUAGGGCUAAAGACGCGCACCUCGCCGUCGAGGAGCGGAACGUCAUCGCGUUGGACUGGUCGAAGGAGGCGAUGAACGCCUGGUACCCGAGCUCGGCGCAGGCCGUACCGGCGGUCGGAAUUUUUCUGGGCGAAGCCAUCUACGAGUGGGUGCGGAACGGAACGAUUACCUUAGCGACUACGAGGUUGGUUGGUUUUUCGUUGGGGGCGCAUGUAUGCGCAUUUGCCGGGCAGGUGUACCAAAACAAGACGGGGGGAGAAAAUCUGACGAACAUUAUCGCGCUGGAUCCGGCCAAGGAGCUGUUUGAAUCCAAACCGGUCGACGAGCGUCUGGACGCGGGCGACGCCACAAUGGUCCAAGUGUUCCAUACGAUCGUACUUAAAACGUGUGGCAACGAUCAGCUCAGUUGCCCUUACACGCCCGGUGUGCCCAUUGACAAUCUCUUACUCGCCGCGUGUAAGUUUCGGGCGAGUAUAAAAAUAACGAUCUUUUGUAGUUUUUUGCAGCCACAUACGGUCGGUUGA